AUUCAUAUUUGAAGUCGAUUGUAUGAUUUGGUUUCGACCACAUACGACUGGUCUAUGGAAAUCCAUGUGGUUGAUGGAUCCACGACCAGCCAAAAAACAAACUUCAUAAAAGGAUGUUAGAAGGGAAAGCAGUAAUGGGAGAGACAGAUAUGAAGCAAACAAUGAAGGAGGAUGCUCUCAGUUUGGCCGCUAAAGCCCUUGAUUGCUUUGAUGUCACCGAACCCACUCUAAUCGCUCGUUUCAUCAAGAAGGAAUUUGAUAGAAAAUACGGAUUGGGGUGGCAGUGUAUUGCGGGGACACAUUUCGGAUCAUUCGUGACUCAUUGCAGUGGCUGCUUCAUCCAUUUCUCUGUUGGCAGCCUCACCAUUUUGCUUUUUAAGGGAUCAGCUGGUGAACCGGAGUCCGAACCGAUCACUGUCUAGCCCAUUUAGACAAUGUUGUGAAAAAAUAAUCAUCUAGUCCUUUACUGGAUUUAUGUAAUGUAUCCUAGUUUUCUUCACAGCAACUUCACUAAUUUUUACAUUUCUUCUGUUUGCUUUUGGAAUCGGAAAGAAAAAAAAAAGGAAAAAAUGUUA